AAAAAUAUGCCAGCAAUUGGAAUCGAUUUGGGAACAACAUAUUCUUGUGUAGGAGUGUGGCAGCACGGUAACGUUGAUAUUAUAGCUAACGAUCAGGGAAAUAGAACGACUCCGUCUUACGUAGCUUUUACUGAUACUGAACGUCUCGUAGGCGAUGCCGCUAAAAACCAGGUAGCACUCAAUCCAAGUAACACUAUAUUUGAUGCGAAGCGUCUUAUCGGUCGUAAAUUUGAUGAUCCGAAAAUUCAGCAAGAUAUAAAACACUGGCCAUUUAAAGUGAUCAAUGAUGGAGGAAAACCUAAAAUUCAAGUAACCUACAAAGGCAAGACAAAAAAAUUUGCACCAGAAGAAAUUAGCAGCAUGGUUCUGGCGAAGAUGAAAGAAAUCGCCGAGGCUUAUAUGGGAACAUCAGUAAGAAAUGCCGUUAUAACCGUCCCUGCUUAUUUCAACGACUCGCAAAGACAAGCUACUAAAGAUGCAGGAGCUAUCGCUGGUCUCAACGUGCUUCGUAUAAUAAAUGAGCCAACAGCUGCAGCAUUAGCGUAUGGUUUGGAUAAAAAUUUAAAAGGAGAGAGAAACGUUCUUAUCUUCGAUUUAGGUGGUGGGACUUUUGAUGUGUCUAUACUUACCAUCGACGAAGGAUCUCUCUUCGAAGUUAAAGCUACAGCUGGUGACACACAUCUUGGUGGAGAAGAUUUUGACAACAGACUAGUCACUUUUUUGGCUGACGAAUUUAAGAGGAAACAUAAGAAAGACUUCCAUUUGAAUCCCAAGUCAUUAAGACGUUUGAGAACUGCUGCUGAGAGAGCUAAGCGUACACUAUCCUCAAGCACAGAAGCGAGCAUAGAAAUAGAUGCACUAUACGAAGGUAUAGAUUUCUUUUCUAAAAUAUCUAGAGCACGCUUCGAAGAACUCAAUGCAGACUUAUUUCGCGUUACAUUAGAACCGGUUGAAAAAGCGCUUAAAGAUGCCAAAUUGGAUAAAAAUUCUAUACAAGACAUUGUUAUGGUUGGGGGCUCUACACGCAUACCUAAAAUACAAAGCCUUCUUCAAAAUUUCUUUAACGGAAAGAAGCUUAAUAUGUCUAUAAAUCCUGAUGAAGCUGUAGCUUAUGGUGCAGCCGUCCAAGCCGCAAUUCUAAGCGGAGAAAAACAUUCCAAAAUAAAUGAUGUUUUGCUUGUCGACAUUACACCUCUAUCAAUGGGUAUUGAAACGGCUGGCGGUGUAAUGACAAAAAUAGUCGAACGCAACGCUAAAAUACCUUGCAAACAUUCUCAAAUAUUUACAACCUAUUCGGAUAACCAGCCCGCUGUUACUAUUCAGGUUUAUGAGGGUGAAAGAGCUCUUACGAAAGACAAUAAUUUGUUAGGUACUUUUGAUCUAACUGGUAUCCCGCCAGCACCUCGAGGUGUCCCACAGAUAGAUGUAGCAUUCGAUAUAGAUGCCAAUGGAAUCCUUAAUGUAACAGCUACAGAAAACAGCACCGGUAAAAGCAAGAACAUUGUUAUCAAGAACGAUAAAGGCAGACUGUCACAAGCGGAGAUUGAUCGCAUGCUAGCUGAUGCUGAUAGAUAUAAAGAAGAGGAUGAUCGUCAGAGAGAGAGGGUCGCUGCUCGUCAUAAACUGGAAGGAUAUUUGUUUGGAGUAAAGCAAGCGUUGGACGAUGCUGGGAAAUUAGGGGAUAAUGAAUGUGCGAGGGCUCGUAGAGUUUGUGACGAUGCCCUAAAGUGGCUUGAUAGUAAUUCUGUAGCUGAAAAAGAUGAAUAUGAAGAUAAUCUCAAAGAAGUGACCGCAGCGUGUGCUCCCUUGAUGAAAAAACUACACAGUGCUGGAGCUAAGAGUCGUAAAUCGAAGAACAGUGACGAACCUGUUAUUGAAGAAGUUGACUGA